AUGAAAUCAAAGAAUCAUCUCCUUUUUCUCUUUCUCGUUUUCCUUUCUCUUUCUUCAGCUUUCCUUAGCAAGAAGACUAAACAUCACAAACCAUGCAAAACACUAGUCCUCUACUUCCACGACAUCAUCUACAACGGCAAGAACACUGCCAAUGCCACGUCGGCAAUCGUCACAGCCCCUCCAGGCUACAACCUGACCAUCCUAGCCGGCAACUUCCACUUGGGGAACAUCGCAGUCUUGGACGACCCGAUCACCCUUGACAACAAUCUCCACUCAAAGCCGGUCGGCCAGGCUCAAGGGCUUCACAUGUAUGACACCAAGAACACUUUCACGGCUUGGCUAGGGUUCUCAUUUGUGCUCAACACGACGGAAUACAAGGGAAGUAUAAAUUUCAUCGGAGCUGAUCCUAUAUUGGUGGAGGAAAGGGACAUAUCUGUGGUGGGUGGGACAGGGGAGUUCUUCAUGCACAGAGGGAUUGCUACUAUCAUGACCGACACUUUCGAAGGCGAAGUUUAUUUCUGGCUUCGCGUUGAUAUUAAGUUUUAUGAGUGUUGGUGA